AUGUCCUCUUUUGGUGGUGUCAAAAGAAGUCAAAGUACAAAAUCUGGAACUGUCUUGAUAAAAGAAGAGAGAGAUGAUGAUCAUAGAUGUGGUUGCGGUCCCUGCACUCCAUCGUGGUUACAACGCUUCAAAGGCGUGAAAUUCUUUACUUUCGUAACACUAAUCGGUCUUGCUAGUAAAGUUUAUUCCAGCUCUUACUUUGGUGCUGUGGUCUCCACGUUGGAGCGACAGUUCCAUCUCAAUAGCACUAAUUCCGGAUUAUUACUUGUUAUUAAUGAUAUUAUGGACUUCACUUUUGUGAUUUUCACCACUCAUUUUGGCCAUCGUGGUCAUCGUCCACGAUGGGUUGGCACUGGUCUACUGAUGGCCGCUCUCGGGUGUUUUUUUAUGUACUAUUCCACAUAUUAA